GACAGGAGGGAGAGAGAGGAGAGAAGCCAUGGCAGAGCUUCCUGGAGUCUUGGCACCUCCCCCAGCGUCCAGAACCCUCAGGAGCCAUGCUGCUGCUGCUGACCUUGGCUCUCCUUGCUGGUCUCACCUGCAGUGCCCAGAAUGUCCAGGGCAAAAAAGAUGCCAACUAUUUCUACGUUAAAGGUGAAGAUGUGGGGGAUCUCAAGGGCAUCCGGAUCUUCCUAAGUCUUCUAAACCUCAUUAAGGGCAUCCAGCUGCGGUUUGGUAAUGACUGGAGUGACGUCUAUGGAUCCCGGUCACUAAAAUAUAAAGAGUUCCUUCUGGAGGAUGGAGAGCACGUGACACAGGUGAGCGGCACCAGAAAGCUCUGCCUGACUUCCCUGAGCUUCACCACUGACAAGGGGCGAGCGCUCACCUUUGGUGUUAGAACAGGCCGCUCCUUUGAUGAGAGUGGUGGUUCAGACAAGCAUCUAGUGACUGUCAAUGGUACACACACACCAGGCCUCUGCAUCACAGGGAUGGGCUUCAAAUGGGAAGUUAAUACAAAGGACCUGAAGGCCACCGAGCCUCCGAGAGAGCCAGUGGGCAGCUCUGAGGCUUCCGACAAGAAGGAAGAUGAAGGCAAAGACAAUGAUGAUGCUGAGGACGAAGACAAUAACAAAGAUGGUGAUGAUGGUGAUGAUGGUGCGGAUGAUGAUGGUGGUGAUGAUUACGAUGGUGAUGACGACGACGGUGAUGAGAAAGAAGAGUAG